GGCCCGGCCGGGACGGGCCGGGACAGCGACGGGACGGGGCUGGACAGGGACAGGGCAGGGACAGGGACACGGCCCGGCCAUGGCUCCCGCCGCCGUGCAGCCGCCCGAGGUCCAGUUCGCGCAGCGCUUGGCCGCCAACGAGAAGCGCAUCCGGGACCGCGCCCUCAAAAAGCUGCGGGGCUACAUCGGAGUGCGGACCCAGCGCCCCGCAGGUGGCUUCAGCCAGGAAGAACUGCUGAAAAUAUGGAAGGGCCUCUUCUAUUGUAUGUGGAUGCAGGAUAAACCUCUGCUACAGGAGGAACUCGCAGCAAAUAUCUCACAGCUUAUGCAUGUGUUUCAAAAUACAGAAGCUCGACACCUUUUCCUCCAGACAUUUUGGCAGACGAUGAGCCGCGAAUGGACUGGGAUAGACAGCCUGCGCCUCGAUAAGUACUACAUGCUGAUGCGUCUGAUUUUGAGACAGUCCUUUGAAGUGCUGAAAAGAAAUGAAUGGGAUGAAAGUCUAGUUGAACCAUUGCUGCAGCUACUAAUGAAAGAAGUUAUGGACCCAGACAGCAAUUCUCCCACUGGGAUAAAGUUACAUUUCAUUGAUAUCUAUCUGGAUGAAUUGGCUAAAGUUGGUGCAAAGGAGCUCACAGCAGACCAGAAUCUCAAGUUCAUUGAACCUUUCUGCAGACUUGCUGCCAAAUCAAAGGAUCGGUGUUUGCUGCACGCUGUAGCCACUGGAAUCUUUGAGCUGAUUGUGGAUCAGUCCCCCUUUGCCAUCGAGGACCUGAUGAAAGAACUGGGUAACUACAGUGAUGAGGAGGAUGUUUCUGAAGAAGACAAACAGGAAAAGGAGGAGGUGCCUAAAACCAAAGACAGAUGUUUUUCAAGAAAAUCAGUGCAGAGCUCUGAAAAAACAGAGCAUAUUGAUAAAAAGGCUGAUGACGGGAUUGGGACCGUUCUUCAGUUUGAUUACAAGGCUGUUGCUGACAAACUCUUUGAAUUGGCGAGCAAGAAAAACACACCUUCCCGGAACAGAAAGCGUCUGUACAAGCUGGUCAAAAAGUUCCAGGACUUAGCAGAAGGAAUCUUCCCCCAAGAUAUUCCUGAAGAUGUUUCUACAGAUGAAGACGACGAUGAUGAAUUCAGCAGGCGAAGGCGAAAGAAAAAAGCUGUCAAGCCUUGGAAGAAAAGCGAGUUGGAAAAAGUAAAAGAGGAUAAAGAAGAGCUGUCAAGUGUGAAGAUGCCAUCAGUUCCCCAGAAGAAGAGGAAAAAAAGGAAGAAGAGGGACGGCCCAAAUGCUGAUCCUGGAACAGCUGAUGGAAAUUGUGAGAAGGGAAUAGCUGAAACAUCUGGAUCUAAUGUUUCUAGCCAGGAAAAGGUGCCAGAAAAUAUCAAGGAGAGGAAGAAAAAGAAAUUGCUACUAAAUGAGGCCAAUGAGACCACAAAUGUAGCAACUGACACCAGAGAAAAUCACAGUAUCUCUGCACAGAACAGUCCAACCGACGGAGAACAGAGUAAAAAGAGUCAGCUGAAGAAAAUGAAUCCAAAAGUACAGAACGUUCCUGCGAAACCAACGUGUCAGAAUGGACCAGCUAAUGCCAGUGCAGCAGAGGGUGUCAGCCCAUCUGUCACACCCUUAACUCCUAAGGCUGUGAAGAAGAAACAGAAGGCAGGGGCUGUCCUGGUGAAUGGGGAUCCCCUCCUGCAGCAAAGUGACAGGAAACCCAACAAGGAGGGAUUGCUGGGGACACUGCCAAGAAAUGCAGGGUCUGAAUCUGCGCCCUCCGGGAAGGUCACAUUGAAGACAAAGACAAAGCUCGUUGGCUUGGAAGGGAUGAAAGUCUCCAGUCAGAAUGCAGCAACCUUGAAAAAGAAGAGAAAAGUGAAAGAGGUGCUAAAUUCUGUCGAAGCCAACGGGAUUCUGGAGACUGCAUGCAAGAAAAGCAGGAAGGGGGAAAGCAGUGAUACUCUGUCACCAUUAAAGAAAAAGAAAGCAAAACCAGGGAGUGAUUUUGUAAAAUUUGAGAAAACAACUUUACCAAAGGGAGUGUUCUUCAGGAAGGCCAGAAACGCCAUCUCUUCCACCAGGACAUCCUUACAGCUGAACAAGCUGCAGUCACCCAGCUGCAAAAAAGUCACAUUUGGCUUGAAUAAAAACAUGACUGCUGAAUUUAAAAAGACUGACAAAAGUAUAUUAGUGAGCCCAGAAGGACCCUCCCGUGUGGCUUUCAAUCCUGAACAGAAACCUCAUCAUGGGGUGCUGAAGUCACCCACAGUUACCCCAGCAAGAGAACCCCAGAUGAAGAAACCAUUUACUAUGUCAGCUAAGAAGAGACCAACUGCUGUGGACUUCUUUUAAACCAACAGAUGUGGCCUACUUUUGUACAGGACAUUUUGCUAAGCUAGAAUGUUCUCUGGAGGUAUUUUGAACUUCUUUAUUUUUUUAAGUUAAAUACAAAUUGUAUAUACAAAAUUCUGAUUGUGACCUGGGUCAUUGCUAUUUUGAAACCACUUCAGCUGUAUCUUGAAAUACUUGUUUUGUCUAUUUACAGAAAAGAAACAAAAUCCAGUCUCUGCUCAGGUUUGGUCUACAAAAAAUAUGGUCUCUGCCCAUGUCAUUCCCAAGAGACUUGUCCAUUUAAUUAAGGAAUGUUCAGGGUUUGAUUGUUCCAGUGAUUUUUUAUUUUUUUGAGCCAGUGUAAGACAACUUGCACUUCAUGCUGUUAGAAUGUCUUUCAUUGGAUAGGGCUUAAAAAGGAAAAAGGCAAUGUAGAUUUUAAGCCUACGUGUGUUCAUUAUUUUAAAAUUUUACUCUGUCAUUUUUCGUGUGUCACCCUUGGCAUCCUGUUAAUUCUUCUGGAAAUAAUGAUUACCUCAUGUCUCUGUUUCAUAACAGCUGGACUUGGGUAGCUUUACAGGUAGCAAGCAAGCUUUCCCUGGGAUAAGAAAUGCCUCGCUGCUCAAGUGGUCACUGCUGCAAGGAAACCUUCACAGCUGGUUGCCUGCUGAGUUGGGGACAGCCACCACAUUAUUUUCAGUAACACAAGUGCCAAAGCUGGCUUGUGCCUGUCACAUUGUAAGCUGGCUUCUUCCCUCCACUGCCACUGAAAUCGUGCUCUUGCGCAGGAGAAAUCUUUGAUAUUUCCAAGUCUUUCCCCCACCCCCACUGUUGCCUUUCCCAAAGGUCUGACAGGACUCCUGGUUUUCUGCUUUAGCAGCUGGUGUGUCACCACAUGGUGCCAGAACUCAGAUCUCAUUCAGUGAAUGAGCCUCUGGUUGUACUGAAGUGAGCUAGAUCCGUGCAGUGCAUCUUUGGGUAGGACACACGUCUCUCUGAAAGCUUUGGUGCUUCUCACUACAGGUGAAACUUCAAAGCCCAGGCAGCUUCGUUUUGGUUUUGAUGCAGAACCAGAAGAACUCUGUCUGCAGUGUUUCCUGGCGUUAAGUUUUUAUUCGGGUAUUUUAUCACUACUCUGCAUGUUUUGGUUUUUUUCUUUACUUCUUUGGUAAAGAAUGAGGUGCCUUUCCAUGAGAGACUAUUAAUGUUCUCUUUGGGGGAACAGUGAGGAAAGGGAGAGCAAAUGAAAAUAAAAACUCUUUUGAUAUGAUUGGAAGACUUGAAAUUUUUUUUGGAAGUUUUGCUAAUGCAAAUGAGGCAAAGGCUUUGCAGCAGAUCUCUACAUUAGAGCUCAGCUUGAAGGCACAACCUGGUGUCAGAGCAAAGCUGUUCCUGAAGCUUCCCCCCAGUUACUUCUGGAAUUCUGUAAGAGAGAGGGUGGACCUGCUUCAUUACCUUGUCGUAUAGUAACUGGAUUAUCAGUUAAAUAAACUGAUAAAUGUUUAUUUAGCUAUUUCAGCCAGCAGAAUUAUAUUUUGUGUCAUAUUUGCAUACUUCAAUACUGGUUUUUACCAGUUCUUGAUGUUGACUGUCCUCUGCCAGACAACUCCUCUUAAGCAACUGGAUUGAAGCUGUUCUUUUGUAGCUUAUCUAGAAUUGCUUCAAAAUACUGGUGUACCUGCAGAUUGUUGGUUGGUCUCAGCUGCUCAAUUCUUAUCCAUCCCAGUUCUUGCACUAAGUUUGCAACAGUCCAUGGUUUGUGGUCCUGCCAGAAAGUCACUUUGCUCUUGUCUUUUCUCAUUUACAGUGAAGGACUGAAUUUCAUUUGGUUUUGGUUUUGUUUUAGGCUAUAUUUGUUUGACUGAUCAAUAAAGAACUCUGGAGAAUACACUGAUAAAAUUAAUGAUACUUGUUUGAGCAAGUAUUGUUCAUUUAUGUUUUAAAAAAUUCUCAUUGUAUAUUAGCGUAAUGGAUUUUUUUUUUUUUAACAAGAUGAUGGUAAGUAGGGUGUGACAGCCUGUUCAAUAUGUUGUACUGUUAUUUUGUACUGUGGGUGAAAAGUCUGCUGUGGAAUAUGCAUAAAAGCAUUUGUAUGUGCAUGGUUGUUAAUGCCUUAGGUUGAAGAUGCCACAUUCCUCCAAGGAUACAGAUGCAAACAAUCAGUCGGUGGAUCUGGUGUGCACAGAACAAUCCAGGAUCAGAACACACUGGGGUUUGGUUUGGGUUUGUCUGGGUUUGGUUUGGUUUGGUUUUAAUACAUAUAACUUAUUAUGGAAAUGUAUUUAAAUGGUUGUCUGGAUCCUCCUCUGUUGAUCGUGGAUCCAUUGAACCUGUUGCUUGUACAAAUAUUUUGUUGCCCACGGUGUUAAAUGGAGAGGCCAGAAAUGGCAGUCAGAUUUUGAUCUAUAAUUUUAGUGAUGUGAUUGCUUGUUGGGGUUCAUCCUUAAUCCAUCUGUGCCACGAAACCGGUGGAAUGUUUUGUAAAUAUUACAUAUAUAGUGUGUAUUGUCUUCAGUGGUGUCUGGAAUUUCAUUCAGGACAACUUUACCAACAAAACUCACUGUCAAUGCCCUAAAAUUACACAAAAUAUUUGGAUAGUGACAAUUCCAAUAAACACUGAAGACAAAAACAAAUGUGAAAGAAAUGUAACAUCUGGGAUAUCCACUGCACAGACACAAUGGUACUGUAAGGAGAGAUGUAUUGAUGGGAAAAGAGAAAGGAAAAAUUCAUCUGAUCUGUUUGAUGUUGCUUCAUAGAUUUUUUUUCAUAGUGUUAUUCCAUCUUUCCAGCUGCCAGCUAUGCUCUGAGUCAAAACUAAUGUGACAUAACUUUUAAAGGACAGUAUUUUGUAAUGAUUGUCCCUGCAUUUUUGUUACAAAUCUGAUCAGCUUUCUCAAACUCUUAAUAGUUGAUAAUUCUUUAUAGCUUCAAGAGAACUCAAAAGCACAAAAUGAAUUCAGCAAGGCAAAAAGUUGAAGUUGUAUUUAAAUUAUUGGAUAUGCAAGGUCUUUUAUAGUCUAUGAAAGCUAUGUGACUUGGAAAGCAUCAAACGCCCUUUGUCAUUUAUUACCUGUGCUUAGAUUUAAUUGUAGGCAGAAAAAUAUCAUUUUGUGUACCUCUGCAAGAGCAUUGUUAAUACAAAUACAGUGUCUAAGCAUUGACAUCAUUUAAUCUAGACCAAUAAACCAUAUUUUUUGUGGA